UUAAUGGGAGGUCCAUUCAACAAGAAACAAUCCAAACACCUUGACAUUUUCAGUAAUCCUUUUUUUUAAUUGUGCGUCCGCAAAAGUUUUAUGAGGCUCCAUAGCUUGUAGGAAAGGUGAAGGGUAUUAUUAGAAUGUUUAAAAAUAAGACAAUGCUGUUUUUCCCCUUGGUUCUUGAGGCAAAACAAGGAAGCCCGUGAAAAAAAGAUUCAAAGCUUUCUUCAUUCCUCUGUAUAACCUGUCCUCUGAGCAUAUCCCAUAGCAAGAUUUCUGGCAUGUUUAGCUUAAUGUCAUUUUAGGAGUAAUGAUUUACAUUGUUGUGAGUCUGGCUCAAGAGUUUGAAACCUUUAUUCUGGGUCUAUAUUCAGAUAGGAAGCAGAGUCAUAUGACAAACGGUAGAGGUUGAGGUGACUUGGUAGGCUCUUCCUUGUAAGCUGCACAGCAGGUUUAAGUUGAAUUUUCAUGGAUAUACAUUCCAAAAAUUACCUCACCAAGCGUCUGGUUCUGUCUUUUUACAUCCUCGGCUGAUAUUUUGGCUGUCAUCAGCUUGACACGAGAUAUUGAGAACGUGUUGAUGAGUCAGUGAUUUGGCGAGGGGCUGGGGUGUUACAGUAGUGCUCGCGGGCAAUGUUGACAGACCUGUUGAGAAACUUUCUCUUACUGCUGGUGUCUCUCACUCUGCCUCGUGCUCAUACACAGCCACCUGACAGUUAUUUAUAUCAACCGUGUAGUCGUGCUCAGGUCGAACUAGGAUGUUAGUUAUGCAUUAGUGAAUUGUGCAAUAGGCAGCUGUCUUCUGCCUAUAAGGCAUGAUUUGAUUUAACACACCGAAUCGUUGGCUGUCACACCACAACUGUGCGAUAGUUGAUUUGAGAUUACCUGUUUGCAAUGAAAGCUCAACCACAGAGUUUGAAUAAGAAGAAAACAUCUUCAUCCUUUGAUCCAUUUGAUUAACUUAAUUCUGGACCCAGACAGUAAUGCAAGGAAAGGAGGUGAUAACACGCCUCGUCUUUUCAACAAAGAAUCUCUGAUUAAUUAGCUCAAGUAGAGUUGUGUAGCUCUCAUUAAAAGACCAGUAAAGUACCUGAGGUGAGUGGACAUUAAAGAUAGUCAGCUUUCACUCGUGUGGCUAGAAGCUUCAUCGUUGGCGUUCAUUAGACUUGAAUCACACUAGAACUCAGAAUAUCGUCGUUGUGUUUCAUCCAAAGUAUUUUUAAGUGUAGCAGGUAAUAGUUUACUGUUUGAACCAGAGAGGAUGAUGGCCAUCAGACAUGCAGGCGGGGCGUGUCACCUCAGAGUGGUGAGGGAGGGGACAGGUGUGAAUGAUUUGUUGAUGUUCGGGGAGUCGUCACUCCCUCCUGCAUUCCAGCUCUAGCUCCACUCAGCUCACAAACAUGCCCCACAGCCCCGAGCCCCAGUAACGACUUACAACAUCCACUUCCUGUCACAGCGCAGAGAAACUGGAGCAGCGGACAGAUUUACAUCGUACUCACACGGUGUCCAACCACCAAGACUGGAUAAAGCUAGGUUUUGUACUGGACAGUAAUUCCUGGAUUCCUUUAGCACGGUGGAUAUGGGAGGCAGAGAGGAGGUAGAGGUGAGCAGGCUCGGGUCCAACAUGCAGUUUCCACAAACCAGGUUGAACCGUUUCAGGCUCCGUCCUGCCCGAAGUCCACUGAGGGGCAAGCGCGUGAAGCCAUCUGCCCACAAGAAAAAAGACAGAGAUCCCAGCCCCACCGAGAUGAGCGUGGAGCCCUGGGCCAGCCCGCAGGACCAGGCAGCCGCUGAUCACGCACACAGCACGCACGCGCUUCCAGCCCAGGAUCAGGAGCAGCACCCCGACAAACUCUGCCUGGACUCCUUCUGGAGUGAGGUGGAGACCAUCCAACAGGGGAGUGGCUACACAGACCUUGACUGCACCAGGAGAGACUCCAGACAGUCAGAAGAAGGUGAACAGGAGGAGCAGUGGUUGGCUGAUGCCGGCUUGUCGACCCUCAUCAGCGAGGACAGUGGAGAUGUAGACAACGUGGUGCUGCUCUCCACUCUGACCCGGACCCAGGCCGAGGCCGUCCAGCGUCGACUGGAUUCCUACACGCUGUCACUCCGCAAGAGGAACAAAUCGGCGCCCCGCGACGUUCGCGAUAUCUUCAGCUCCCCCAUCACUCAGACCCUUCUGCCUGAAGCUCAGCAUAGUGAAGACCUUGCCCAAAACAGCAUGGCUUCAGUUGCCAAGAGCCCGCUAUCAGCUGUGACACCAGAGCAUCAGCGCUGUGCUCCUAAAGAGGAAUUCUUCAUCACGGACGUGGCUUACUGUGAACAGGCCGUCAUCUUUCUCAAACAGGCCAAACUGCCGCAGAACAACAGCCAGCGCAGGAAAGAGGACGGCACCCUGCCUCGGGUGAUCUGCCCCAAGUGCCGCCUGGGAGUGACUCAUAUCCAAGAUCUCUCCCACACUGACAUGAAGAAGGUGCGUCAGUUGGCUCUCAUCGACAUGACGGCGCUUUCCGACCUCUUGGAGCUCGAGGUCAAAAGGCACAAAACCUGCAAGAGGAAAAUCCCAGAGAGCAGGCUCUUCGGGGUGCAGCUGGCCGCGCUGCUGGAGAACGAUCAGAAAAUGAAGCCCAACACCUCGACUCCUAUCUUCCUGCAGGCGCUGUUGUCGUUUUUGGAGAAGAAAGGAGUCGAUUCGGAGGGGAUCCUGCGGGUUCCAGGGUCUCAGUCCAGAAUCAAGCUGCUGCAGCAGAACUUGGAGACCAACUUUUACUCAGGGCAGGUCAGCUGGGAUGAAGUGAGUCCAAACGACGCUGCCGCACUACUGAAGAAGUUCAUCCGGGAACUUCCCGCUCCUCUGCUCACCGCCGAGUACCUCAACACCUUCAGCGCCGUCAGAGACAUCACCGAGCUGAAGCAGAAACUCCACAUGUUGAACCUGCUCAUCCUGCUGCUGCCUGAGCCCAACAGGAACACACUGAAGGCCCUCCUUGAGUUCCUCAGUAAGGUGGUUUCCAGGGAGAAGAGGAACAGGAUGAACCUGUGGGCCGUAGCGACCAUCAUGGCUCCCAACCUCUUCCUCCACAAGGCCGUCCCCAGCAGACUGACUGAGGGGGCAGAGAAAGGACAGGCGGAGAAGGCAGCCGAUGUUAUGAGGCUCCUCAUCCGCUACCAGGACCUGCUUUGGACGAUCCCCAAUUUCCUCAUGAGCCAGGUGCGUAAGCUGAACGAGAACAGUAACCGGCGUUACCAGUUCUAUGAUCGCCGCAUCAAGAACCUGCUGAGGAAGAUCCACACAGACAGUCGGGACAAACCUGACAAAAACACCUCAGAGCCGUGCCGUACGGUGAAGAUCCAGGUCGGAGAUCUGGUGAGCGGCACCAUGGAGACCCAGCUCAACGUCAACUCACGAGCCUCAGACCUGCUCGCCCAGUUUCACCGCCAGUUCAUCCACAGCCCCGAAAAUGGAAAGGGCAAGAUGCGAAGAAACGGCUCUGUGACGUAUCCAGACGUAUCCCUGUACGAAGUGGGAGGAAACAUUGGCGAACACUGUCUGGAUCCCGACACACACCUUCUGGACUUGUACAACAGUAACCCUGGAGGAGAGUGGGUCAUCAAGCUAACACCCAACGCCAGCAGAGGGCUGUGACAUGGAGGCUGUCGACGGAUUGAAGGAUGGACAGAUCUGGGAACAGGUCGCUGAAGAUGACAAAAGCAGAGCCUAAAAAGAGAUCAAAUCCAUGAAGCCUCAUCUCUACUUCCUGUCCCGAUCAACCUUCAAGCAAUAUGGGAGAGGGAGACAGAUGGAGGAAGCAGAAACAGAAAAACAGAAAGUCUGCCAGGAGCAGAGCCUAAAAGCCGUCUAUGAUCAGAUGAACACACACUGCACUCUUUCUCUUUCCCUCUAUCUUUCUCUCCAUCUUCUUCUCCAUUAACUCCAUAAUUUCUCUCCGGGCUGUACCGCUGAAAGCAAAAAGCUGCUAACGUGACUCAUUACUUCCGACAGAGAACCUGCUGCAUAGAAAAGAGCGGAGAGAGAGCGGCCGGGCAGUUUGGUCCGCCAUCCUUCCUCUCAAACAAUCAUGUCCAGCCAUGAGUGAGCAGAUGGGGAGCCAGAGCACCUCUGGCUAUAGAGAGCCCCCCCCCCUUUUCUCAGGCCAGUCAAACAGUGUGUUUUCCUGCUGUGGGUUUCAUUCAUGAGUCUUUUUUCAUGAGGUUUUCUGUCCAUAUGCUUUGCUAAAUUGUUUUUCUAAUUCUGCACUGGGCAGUACAUUUUGAUUAUUUUGCCAUUUUAUAUAAAGAAAACAGCAUUUAUUUCGAGACUGACGUCAUUCUUGACUCUCGAAACAGCAGCUGUCACCAUGAGAUCUCAUGAUAGAAACAACAUACAGGCAGAUCCAAGAUCUGUUUCUGAAUUUAGGAAAUAGUCAAAUGUUCAACAAUGGAAACCGACUUAUUUAGACUUCUAGAGGAAAGGCCUACUUUGUGUCGUUUUCAGUUUCAGUCAGACUUUAGAUGGAGUCAUUUUAAACAUGAGAAGACUUAACUCUGUGUAAAUGUUUCAGCUGUUUGCAGCAUUUUGUCCCACACGUGUACUUAUGAAAAGCCGAUUAGAAACUUGGUUACCCGUAUACAUGGCAGAACAAUCGGCAUUCUCCAGGAGAAAUCUACCAGGCAAAUCAGGUUUCUCUAAUCCCCUAUCCUGAUUACAGAAACCAGUUUUCUUGCUUACAUGACGUUAAAGAAAUCAGCUUACUGGAGAAAGCCGACCAUAAACACACUGACUGUAGUAGAUCCCAUCUGGCUAAGAAUAUGUAGAGAAAACCCUUGUAUCACGGUUUUUACGAAAUACAAAAAAAUAAAAAUAAAAAAACAUCAACAAAGGAAAACAUAUUGAAAACUGAAAGCUGGUGGAACAGAAGGCUAACCUGGAAAUGGAGCAGGACUACAGCUCUUUGUAAACACACAAUUAAUGACUGAUCAAUCAACCGAUCAACUGGCUGAUCUCUCUUACUUGCUCUUUUUCUCCCUCUCCUGCUGGCAUGUCCAUUUCGCAGCUCAGACAUUUUGAUCACAAAGUAAAGAAAGACUUUUCUCUGUAACGGCUCCUUUCCUCGUCUGUGCCAUUCAAAGAGGGAAGGAGACCCUGAUGAACUGAUAUCCCCUUUAUCUGUGAAGCCCUGCGAUCUCCUGGGCCUUAUAAAAAUCCAUGGACUUCCAAGGACCCCUCACCUGUACAGAACAGUGCUCCAAGAGACUUUCUUUUUUUCUUUUUUUUUUUGAUACCAAGGGAUUUGGUGUCACAACCUCAAAGACAGUUAUUAUACCUCUAAAGGGAGUUUUUAAGGACACAAGGUGAAGCUGGUCUUCAGUUCGCAUUUUUAAACACAUGAAUGGAGCCGGAAGUGCUGAAGUGACUCCUGGGGUAUACUAGGAUUAUUAUUAUUUAUACGAAUGUAAUGCCAUUGUUGCUUCUGUAUUUGAUGAGUAUUCUGUAGGAUAGAGAGACUUUAGGAUAAUGUGGACUUGCUGCACUCAGUGUAACAGUAUGUUGUGUUAAGUUGCCCAUACACAGUGUGGGAAUUUGUUCUUGUACAUAUUUCUUCAAGCUCAGUUGUUUUUUUGUUUUUGUUUUUUUGAUGAAUCUCUUUACAUCUGUUUCUCCUGAACAGCACAGUAAGAUACAUUUCCUGUGUGAAUAUUGCUCAGUCAAGCACUCUGCUGUGAAGAGGCACUGAAAUCGCUGCAGUAGGACGGUCUGUUGUGAUUGUGUUGCUAUUCAAAGCCAGUAAGUUAUUCCGAACACACGCAAGCAGAAAAUGAAUGUGUUUAACAUUUUGUACCGGUCAUCACACGUGAAUCAUUCACUCCUAGCCACUGGAACCAUGUUGGCGCUCCGCGGCCAUUUUGUGGGAAGUGUCUCGCACAUUCCACUCGAUAGAUGGAGUAAUGACAGCCGGCCCGGCACCAGCAUCUAUCAACACCCUCUGCUCCAUCUCUGUCACCUCCCCAUAAUGAACCAUAAUGGCAGCGUGGUGCAUGUAUCAGAAACGCGCCUUGAAAUCACAUUUCUUUGAUAAAGGAGAAGGUAAUAAAUGGCUGUUAUAAAUUCUGCUGCUCUGGACCUGAUGACAGCAGCAGGAGCAUGCAUGCGUGUGUCUGUGUGUGUGUGUGUGUGUGUGUGUGUGUGUGUCGUGUGUGUGCAUGUGUGUGAUGAGCUUCAUUACACAAGUCCAAUUGGCCUGUCCCAGGGUCCCAGGCACAGUUCAGUGCCUCGGCACAAAGCGAGCUCAUGAAACUGCCUUCUGCUGACAAUCAGGAGAACUAGGUCACCUCUGAAGCAGCAUCCCAGAGGGCAAGCAGUGUGAGUCCAAACACCCCGAGGAGCAGAGCACAUGGACAUGUAUUGUCUAAACACACAUGACACACACACACACACACACACGGACAAACCAAAACGGGGUGCAAGUUCAUACACUACCCCAGUUUUCUAUUGACUCUGUUUGUGUUUGUAUAAAUGUCAAUUCUUUUGUGUGUGAGGGAGAAAGAGGAAGCUUCCUUUUGGGGGUAGAUAUCUCAGAAACAGUGUUAUCUAUACGAUUAUCCAAGACGAAAUUAUGGACAGUUACAGGGACUGUGUUUCCUGUCGUGAUCAAAGCAUGGCUCUGGACCUCUUAUCGUCUUCAUCAGUGUCCAGCUUUUAUUGUGGUGAAGACAUCAGAAUGUAUAUUUAUGCCCUUUACACAAGUCAUCGUUUUUAAUACUUCUGUGAAAAUACUUUAGGCUUUGCUGUAGAAAGAAAAACUUUUGAAAAAUGUUCUUUUUUUAU